CGGCGCCCUGCCAUUCGCAGGCGGCUUUGCAGCUGCGUUCGCGGGGUUGGCUGACGGGAUGGACCUCGGGGCGCUCCUGGAGGAAGUACUUACUCAUGGAUUCUCCAAGAGGUAGCUGUGGAGUCUGAAAAAGGUUCCAGAUAAAGGAAGAUGCCGCAAGCAAAUAUGGAGUAAAUCCAGAUCCUGCCAUCUUUGAAGUAGCUUCAAGGACCUGGGUUUCGGCAGAAGAUGCCAGGAGACGGAGUACUCUCAGAACUGAAGGGAGACCUUUACAAGGACCAGGCCUUCCCUGCGAAGGAUGAGUCGCUCUUCUUUAACUACUCUACUCCACUGGCCCAUUUCAGAGGCGAGGUUUGUUGGCUGAGACCUCAGGAGAUCUGUUCAAAUCCUCGGCUGUUUUCUGACAAUCAGUAUGAAUGGCAGGUCAAGCAAGGGAUGCUGGGAGAUUGCUGGUUCCUGUGCGCUUGUGCUGCUUUGCAGAAGAGUAAAUAUCUCUUAGCCAAGGUGAUACCUCCAGGUCAGCCAAGCUGGAGAGACGAGAAAUACCGGGGCUGUUUUACUUGCCGAGUCUGGCAGUUCGGACAUUGGGUGGAAGUCACCAUAGAUGAUCGCUUGCCUUGCCUCGGGGGCAAACUUUGCUUCUCCCAAUGCCAGACAGAAGAUGUUUUCUGGCUCCCCCUGCUGGAAAAGGCUUACGCCAAAGUGCAUGGAUCUUACGAGCAGCUAUGGGCGGGCCAGGUUGCUGACGCUUUGGUGGAUCUGACGGGAGGCCUAGCGGAGCGGUGGGCGCUCAAAGACCCGGGGCGAAGCACAGAAAAGGAGCGAGCCGGCAAAGUCUUGGAGAAAGCGGUGUUCAGGAGAUUGAUGAACCUGAAGGAAAAGUGUGUGAUGAGCUGCUCGGUCUUCAGUUCCCGGCAAGGUACAAGCGAACUGGGGGAGUUUCAUGCCUUCAUCGUCGUAGACAUGCAGGAUCUUUCCAAAGUGUCCAGGAAGGAAAUCAUCCUGCUACGAAUUCGCAACCCCUGGGGGAGGCGCUGCUGGAAGGGACCCUGGAGGGAGGGUGGUCCUGGGUGGAGCCAACUGGAUCCAGUGGUAGCUGCGGAACUCUUGUCUCAGAUACAGGAAGGAGAAUUCUGGGUGGAAGAGGAGGAGUUUUUUGCCGAAUUUGAUGAGAUCAUAACUGGGUAUCCGAUCACUGAAGAAGGACAGCUUCAGAGCCUAUAUACGGACAGGGUACUGAGCCACACUCAGAAACUAUAUGGUUCGUGGGUGAGGGGGCAGUCCGCGGGUGGCUGCCGUAACAACAGCACUUUCCCUACAAACCCCAAGUUCUGGCUGAGGGUGUGCGAGCCGAGCGAGGUGUGCAUCGCCCUUCUGCAGAAGCAUCGGAAGUACAGCACCGAUUGGGCGGGCCGGGUUCGGAACUGGCCCCGCUUAGUGGAGGCAGACCCGUCUUUGGCCGAUGGAAUCAGAGGGAAGAAUUAUCAUGCCGUGGGGCUGCACAUCUGGAAGGUUGAAAAGAAGAAGUUCAACCUCCCGAAGACACUCUCGGCUCCCCCGAUUUCGGGCACCGUUUGCCAUUCCUACAACCGGGAAGUGCACCUGCAUUGCGACCUCUCCCCUGGUUAUUACCUGGUCAUCCCCAGCACUUUUCUGAAUGAUGCCGAGGGAAACUUCCUGCUUAGAGUCUUCUCCAGCGGAAGAAUCUCCCUCAGCGAGAUAAAACUGUUGCCACCCAACAAUGGCGUGCAUGAAGAGCUCCCAGGAGGUGAAUGGGAGAUGUUACAGCUGGAGGGCUGCUGGAGGAAAGGGCAGAGUGCUGGUGGUAGCAGGAACUUCCCUUCCUUCCACACCAACCCAUGUUUUCCCCUCUCCAUCACCGGCAUAGGACAGAGUAGCGUGAAGGUUGCUCUCCGCCAGCACUGCCCGGACAACAAGUGCCGCCCGAUUGGGUUUCAUAUCUUCCAGGUACCCAAUGAUAACAACAACAUGAAAAUGCCUCUCUCAUCUUGCCUGCACUUGGAGCCAGUGGUUAGCUGCGUACCUCAUUCUUACUCUCAGGAAGUAAGCCAGCUGUGCCGGCUCACUCCAGGAAAUUAUGCCAUUGUUCCGUCGACGUACCUGCCUGAUACAGAGGGCACUUUCACCGUGAUCAUAGCAACGCAGAUAGACAGGAAAAGCAUUCAGAUCCAGGAGACUUUGGGGCAGAGACUGCACGAGGUCUCCUUUAAAGCAGUGAUGAAAAUGUAAUUUUCGUUUGGCACAUCAGCACUGGGGGGAACCGGGCACGAGCCUCAGGAAUGGCAGAGCUGUUAUCAAUUUGAACUGCCAUAAUCCCAGGAUAGGUCAGGCCUAGAAGCUUUUUUGGGCAUAUCAGCAUUCCAGCCUUCUUAUCUAAUCUCUCUGUCUCCCUCUCCAAUGAGACCCCAACACAAAUAACACCUCGGUUUUGUAACGCUCCCGCAUGGACUUCAGUCUCCCUUGAAAUUUCUUGCAGUGUUGUCUAGACUUCAUUCUGUUUAACCUCCCUUCCUCAAUAUCAGUGGAAAGAUACAUUGUGUAUGUGCUGUGUACAAAUCGGGUUUUAAUUCUAUGGCAGUAGCACUUUGACCUGUGUGGUGCGCGUGUAUGUAUAUGUAGUGAAAACUUUUUUUUUUUGGCAAAAAAUAAAUUGACAAAUGAAGUGUUGGAGGCUGAUAGUGUGAAAAGAGGCCUGGGAGAAAGCAGGAAAUGUUAGUUAUUUCAGGAAGAAAAUACUAUUACAAAAAUGGAAAUAUGUAACAACCUGACGUCCUGCCUGCUUUCUGUGUACUCAAACAAGAUUCUACUUGGCUGGGCCUGAAAAACAUCAGACCCGGUAAACUGUGCUUAGCUUUCCAGCUACAUAAUAUAACUAGUCAGUUUCUUAAUGAGAUGGUGGCAGUUAACAGACAAGCUUAGCCUUGGGAUGAGGUAAUAAUAAUAAUGUUUGAUUUAUGUCUGAAGAAGUGAGCUGUGGCUCACGAAAGCUCAUAUCCUACCACAAAUUUUGUUAGUCUUAUAGGUGCUACUGGACUCUUGCUCCGCUCUACUGCCGCAGACAGACUAACAUGGCUACCCACCUUUGAUUUAUGUACAGCCCUUCAGGACAAUUUAAUGCCCACUCAGAGCGGUUUACAAAAUAUGUUGUUAUUAUCCCCACAACAAUCGGCCUGUGAAGUGUGUGGGGCUGAGAGAGCUCUGAGAAACUGUGACUGACCCAAGGUCACCCAACUGGCUUCAAGUGGAGGAGUGGGGAAUCAAACCUGGUUCUUCAGAUUAGAAUCUGGCCGCUCUUGACCACUACACCAAACUAGCUUUCAUCUAGAUUUCCAGGGUAUGAGCUUUCAAGAGCUCCCUUUGUCCUUUUCCUACUUGCAUCUGAUGAAGGGAGCUCUGCGAGGUGGGUGGGGCUGAGAGAGCUCUGAGAAGCUGUGACUGACCCAAGAUCACCCAGCUGGCUUCAGGUGGAGGAGUGGGGAAUCAAACCUGGCUCUCCAGGUUAGAGUCCUGCCCCUCUUAACCACUAUACCAAACUGGCUCUCCAGUAGGUAGCGGGCACCAGUCGUUGUUUGUGGACUGCAUUUAGCUAAGCGUAUCACAGAUGGAGUGGGUCGGUUCCAGGCCAUGCACGAAACCUGCCCAGGAACAAUUUCCUCCUCCACCCCACAUUAGAGACUUCCUCCUCAGUUCUCAUAUGUUCAGUGCUUCCCGUGGGGAAAAAGAUGGCAAGGGAGAAUUCUACCCAAAGUAGCCCCUGAUGUAUCACCCUCCCCAAGCCCCUCGCAUUCUUCUGUUCUUCCCCUGCUCGGUUUCCUUGGCACAUUCACACCUCCCUUUCCUGUUGAUCCCCCGCUACCUGACCUUCUCUUCCCUUAGCACAAGAAGCGAUGCAUUUACUAGGCUCUCGUAGGGUGGGCCGGGGGAGGGGGGGCACUGUCUGCCCAGAGGGUGCCACCCUAGGUGGCCACCUAGGCACGCCUGUUGUCAGAAUUGUUCUUGCAGAACCAAGAGGCCAUGGAAUUGCGGGAUAUUUAUUUAUUUAUUUAAACCAUGGGAUUUAUAUGUUGUGGGGGGAAAUUCUGUUGGCGUGCUUGUUUCAGGAGGACCUGAGACCGAGAUGGGCGAAAACAAUCUUUAGGAAUUAUGCCUCCCUAGCAGUGUAAGAAAACUGUUGUUUCAACUGAUCCCUCCCCUUUGUAAAACCUCUCCUAAGUGAGAUUUUAAGAUACUGUAUUUUUUUUUAAUGACCAAAAUGGUUGUUAAAAUGUCUUUUGGAAAAAAAAAAUUAAACGGUGUUCUGGUUA